AUGGAGGCCGGCACCGCGGCCCGUGCAUGGUGCAUCUUGUGGCUAUUGGUGUCCUUGCUUGGUCCGGCCUGCGCCAGUGGUCCCCGCACCUUGGUGCUGCUGGACAACCUCAACGUGCGCGAGACGCAUUCGCUUUUCUUCCGAAGUCUAAAGAAUCGGGGUUUUGAACUGACAUUCAAGACAGCUGAUGACCCCAGCCUGUCCCUCAUUAAGUAUGGGGAGUUUCUCUAUGACAAUCUCAUCAUCUUCUCCCCCUCGGUGGAAGAUUUUGGGGGUAACAUCAAUGUGGAGACCAUCAGUGCCUUUAUUGACGGAGGAGGCAGUGUCCUGGUAGCUGCCAGCUCAGACAUUGUUUGCCCGAGGAUGGUGGCCGAUCCUGACAAUCCUCUGGUACUAGACAUCCUGACGGGCUCUUCUACCUCUUACUCCUUCUUCCCGGAUAAACCCAUCACCCAGUAUCCCCACGCUGUGGGGAAGAACACCCUCCUGAUUGCUGGGCUGCAGGCCAGGAACAAUGCCCGGGUCAUCUUCAGCGGCUCCCUGGACUUCUUCAGCGAUGCCUUUUUCAACUCGGCCGUGGAGAAGGCCACACCUGGCUCCCAGAGGUAUUCCCAGACAGGCAACUAUGAGCUAGCUGUGGCCCUGUCCCGCUGGGUGUUCAAGGAGGAAGGUGUUCUCCGUGUGGGGCCUGUGUCCCAUCAUCGGGUGGGCGAGACAGCCCCUCCCAAUGCCUACACUGUCACUGACUUAGUGGAGUACAGCAUCGUGAUCGAACAGCUCUCAAAUGGCAGAUGGGUGCCUUUCGAUGGUGAUGACAUUCAGCUGGAGUUUGUCCGCAUUGACCCCUUUGUGAGGACCUUCUUAAAGAAGAAAGGCGGCAAGUACAGUGUCCAGUUCAAGUUGCCUGAUGUGUAUGGUGUGUUCCAGUUUAAAGUGGAUUACAACCGACUUGGCUACACACACUUAUACUCGUCCACUCAGGUAUCGGUGAGGCCACUGCAGCACACGCAGUAUGAGCGUUUCAUCCCCUCGGCCUACCCCUACUACGCCAGCGCCUUCUCCAUGAUGGCAGGGCUGUUCAUCUUCAGCAUCGUCUUCUUACACAUGAAGGAGAAAGAGAAGUCUGACUAG